UACGCACACGAGUAAUGAGAUCAACAACCAGAUGGACGUUGUUAUGUAACGCAGGUCGAGGUCUUUCUCAAACUCCCAGGAAAGUAUAAAAUCAGGCUGUACCACCGUCUCCUGUUGAAUCUGCUGGACCAGAGACAUUAUCACACAUUUAGUUCGCUCUCAGUGGGACAAGCACCAUGGAUUUGAUAUUUACUGUGACUCUUCUCUGUUCAGUGCUAAAAGCUGCAGUCGGCUUUAAUGUUGAAUCAGAUUCUUGGAAAACCCUGAGUCAUUCUGAUGAGAGUUUUGGAUACCAGGUGGUGCAAAGACGAUCAGAUCUGCUUGUCAGCGCCCCACGACUACAGCAUGAAAAUAAUAAAACAGGACAGAUAUUUCAGUGCUCAACAGAUAGUUGUCGCCCUCUGUUUACUGCAGAGCAAAGAGCUGCAGUCAACACGUCCCUUGGUUUGGUGAUGACACUUGAUCCUUCAACACAAAACACAAAGGCCUGUGGUCCAACCAUUCCCAGAGACUGCAAAACUAUCACCAUGUACAACGGUUUGUGCUAUGAGAUCAAUCGAGACAAUACGAUUGUAAAGUCUUACCCGUCUACAACUGAAGAGUGUCGAACCCAAGCUGACAUUGCAUUUCUGCUGGAUGGCUCAGGCAGUGUAGCUAAUGAUGAUUUUUUCAGAAUGAAAAUAUUUGUGAAAAAUCUGAUCAGAACAUUCCUGGGAAGAGAUACACAGUUUGCCAUCACCCAGUUUUCAGGUUCUCCAACAACGCAUUACUACUUUAAUACUUUUAGCACUUCCAACUGGGAAUCUCAGAUUGACAACAUCAAUCAGUUACGUGGAGGAACAUUUACAGCUAAAGCCAUCCAAAAUGUUGUGGAUGACGUCUUCUCACCACAAAAAGGUUCCAGGUCAAAUGUGAAGAGAAUUUUAAUAGUGAUUACAGAUGGAGAGUCUAAUGAUCGCCAAAACUUACCAGCAGCAACACAAUCAGCUGAUCGAAAAAACAUUCUUCGAUUUGCUAUUGGGGUGGGGAACGCAUUCACAAAUACAAUGGCAAGACAAGAGCUCAUAGCGAUUGCAUCUCAACCUGCUGACAAUUUUGUGUUUCAAGUGGGAAGCUUUGAUGCGCUUGAUAGAGUACGGGAGACCUUGCAGGACAAAAUUGAUUCCAUUGAAGGUUACUCCAUGGCUGUUGCUAAAACCAACGAUGGUCCUCUGACAAUUCUUGGUGCUCCAAGAAACCAGAACAAAGGAGUUGUUACGACAGUUUUCAAUGAACAACUGAGAGAUGAAAUCAGACCCUCUCAAUCACAGACUGGUGAAUAUUUUGGGGCCGAGGUUUGUGCCAUGGAUGUAGAUUCUGAUGGCCUGACUGAUCUAAUCCUCAUAUCCUCUCCGAUGUACAAAGACGUUGACAGAGAAGGACGAGUUUAUGUCUGUGAAUUAAGUCGUUUGAGUGUCAUUUGUUAUUUUGAUAAUCCAUCCCAAAUAACCACACUAAGAGGUGAUGCGUCUGUCAGAGGGAGGUUUGGGUCGUCUCUUGCUGUUCUGCCUGACAUAAAUGCAGAUAAAUUCAAUGAUUUGGCCGUUGGAGCUCCUUUGGAGAAUGAUGGCCAAGGCAGCAUCUACAUAUUCCGAGGAGAAGGAGGAAGAAAAAUAAAUCCUACUCACUCACAGAGAAUUGCUGCAUCUACAGUUGAAUCAGGUCUGAAGUUAUUUGGCAUCUCAAUCAGUCAGUCUUCCUACGAUCAGAGUGAUGAUGGACUUCCUGACUUAGCAGUGGGUUCAAAGGGAAAAGUUGUCAUACUCAGAUCCAGACCAGUUGUAACAGUGACUGCCACUGUGACAUUCAACCCAAAUCUGAUCCCAACUCAAAACCCAGUCUGUUCGAAACCACUGCCAAGCAAGGCUACUGUCUGCUUUAUUAUGAGCAAACUGUCUAAUGUGAAUGAAGCUCAAGCACAGGUUAAUUUCACUUUAACAUUGGACGCAAAUCGUAAGAUACCAAACAACCGAGCUGAGAUCAGCAAGGAUGUGAGACACAAGAGUGGAUCUCUUAAUCUUUUCUUGGAUAGAGAAGAGUGCACUAACGUGUAUUUCUUUAUUAAGUCUUGUCCAGAAGAUGCUCUCAUUCCACUCAAUAAUGAGCUCAGAUUCACGUUUGAUGGUUUGCCUUCUGACUCAAACCCAAGACCAAGCCUUUCUCCACAGGUUGAAACCACAACAUUUCAUCCUGUUGGAUUUUUCAUAAGCAAUGACAACAAUAUGAUGAGUGAAAACGCAAGAGAAGCCACACCUGAAGGAGAAACACUCAGAGAGGGAUAAAAUUUCCUCUUCUCUGUUAUCUCCAUCCAGUCCAAUUUAAUGAUCAAUGUUUCUAUGAAAUGUAACUCAUGGCCUUUUAAUUUAUUGAAUGGGCCAAACACAAUGUAUAUUUUCCAAAUCAUUACUUGUUAAUUGCUACCUUGAAAUGCAAACUAUCUGGUGAAAAUGUAGUUUCUCUUUCUAUGAGGAAAGUGUUGAUUAAAAUUGCAGUUUGUAAAGCAGCUCUCACCUUGAGCGAAAAUUUUGCUUGGCUUCUUUCAUCAUAAAUGUUUUUUAUAAUUUGUGAUUAUCCAAAUAAACAAAAUCUUUUAAAUGAA